AUGGCUGAACCACGUUUUUCUGAGUUUGGUUUGGUGUGGUACCUGGAAGAGCUCAAAAAAGAAGAGUUUUGGAAAUUUAAGGAACUCCUCAGGCAAGAACCACAGAAAUUUCAACUGAAACCAAUGCCUUGGACUGACAUCAAGAGGGCUUCAAAAGAAGGUCUAGCAAAGCUGUUGUACAAGCAUUUCUCAGGAAAGCAGGUGUGGGAUGUAGUCAUGAGCCUGUUUCUCCAGAUCAGUCGGAGAGAUCUCUGGCAAAAAGCUCAGGACGAGAUGGGAGAUAAGUCUAAAUUAUACAAAAGGCACAUGAAGCAGAAAUUCCAACUCAUAUGGCAAACAGAAACCUGCCUCCCAAUUCCUGGGUAUUUCUACAAUGAGACCAUUAGGAAUGAAUACAUAGCGUUGCAGGACAUCUAUACUGCUGAGACUGGGCCAGUCACUGUAGCUUUGAGAGGUGAUGACGGAAUUGGGAAAACAACCUUUCUAAGAAGAGUGAUGUUAGACUGGGCUUCAGGAAUCUUCUUGAAUGAAAGAUUCAGGUUUGUUUUCUUCCUCACUGUCUGUGACAUGAACUCUAUGAUGCAGACAAGCCUAAUAGAGUUCAUCUCCAGGGACUGGCCAGAGUCUUCAGGGACGAUUGGUGAUGUUUUUUCCCAGCCAGAGAGAAUUCUGUUCAUCAUGGAUGACUUCGAGAAACUGAAAUUUGACUUGGAACUCAGGACUAACUUGUGUGAUGACUGGAGACGAAGGCAGCCACCACAAAUUAUCUUGAGCAGCUUGUUGCAGAAAAAAUUGCUCCCUGAGUCUUCUCUGCUUCUUGCAUUACAAGAUGAGCAUAUGCAAGACAUUUAUUUCCUAUUGAAGUAUCCAAAGGACAUAUUUUGUACAGGGUUAUCUGAAGAUUCAAGAAGGCUGUAUUUCACCUACUUCUUCCGUGCAAAGGACAAAGCCUCAAGAGCCCUCAGUUUUGUGAAGUCGCAGCCACCGUUCUUUUUAGUGUGCAGCAAUCCCUUUCGAUGCUGGGUGAUCUGUACUAGUUUAAAGUGGCAGCUCGAGAUAGGUGAUGACCUUGAACUUCACCCUGGUAGUGCUGCAUCAGUUUUUGUAACUUUUUUCAGAAGUGCAUUCAAAGCAAGAAGUGAAAAUUGUCCAUCUAAGAACAAAGCCCAAUUGAAAAGCCUGUGUGCCCUGGCUGCAGAGGGAAUAUGGACUCAUACAUUUGUGUUUAGCUGUGAGGAUCUCAGGAGGCAUGGGGGCUCUGAAUCUGAUGUCUUGGUGUGGAUGAGCAUGAGACUUCUCCAAAAGAAGGGUGACUGUUUUACCUUCAAACGUGUGUCUAUCCAAGACUUUUGUGCUGCUCUGUUUUACUUCCUCAAAGAGUCCACAGACCAUCCUAACCCUGCCAUUGGCAGUGUAGCCCAGCUGGUAACAGCUAUUGUGGUUCACAAGCAACACUACUUGAUCCAGCUAGGAAUAUACCUGUUUGGAAUUUUACCUGAAACAAUGAACAAUCAUCUGGAGACAUCCUUUGGCUUUCUACUGUCAAAAGAUAUAAAGCAGGAAAUAAUACAAUGUUUUCUAAGCAUAAGUCAAUGUGAGCACAACAAAAACAUUAGUUUCCAGCAAGUGUUCGGUUAUUUGUUUGAAACCCAGGAUGAAGAAUUUGUAAAAAAAGUGAUGGAUUUAUUUGAUGAAGUGUCCCUUACUUUUUCUGAACUUGAGCCAUUUAUAAUGGCUUCAUUCUGCCUGAGGCUUUCUCAAAAGCUAAAGAAACUUCGCCUGCGUGUACAUAAGAUCUCUUCGUAUAAACACACUGCCUCUGCAGGUAAUGACAUACAAUACUGGCAGGACUUCUGCUCAGUGUUCACCGUUAGCCGGAACUUACAAGUGCUAGAAUUGGACAACUGUAACCUCAAUAACUGCUGCAUGGGGGUUCUUUUUAAAGCACUGGCUCAGCCUGUUUGUAGUCUUCGAAGCUUGUCGUUUAACUUUAUGCCUAACUUAGGAGACGGUGCAGACUUCUCAAGGGGAAUUAUUCAUAAUCCUCAACUGAAACAUCUGAAUCUGUAUGGUACUGGUUUCUCCCAUUCUGGGAUCAAAUGCCUGUGUGAGGCACUGCAACACCCAGUGUGCAACGUGGAAGAGCUGGUGUUGGGGAAGUGUGACAUCACAGGUGAAGAUUGUGAAAAUCUUGUCUCUCUCAUCAUCUACAAGAAGCUGAAGUAUCUCUCCCUAGUAGAAAAUCCUGUGAAGAACAAAGGAGCGAUGGUGCUGUGUGAAGCCCUGAAACACUCAAACUGUGCCUUGGAGACCCUGAUGUUGUCAUACUGUGGUCUCUCCUGCACUGCCUGUGACUACUUCUCCCAGGCCCUUUUGUGCAACAGAUCUCUGUCUGUCCUUGAUCUGGGAUCAAAUGUCCUAGAAAACAAUGGAGUGGCAGUUCUGUGUGAAGCACUGAAGAAUCCAGGCUGCAGCCUGCAGGAGUUGUGGUUGACAGGUUGUUAUCUCACAUCUGAUGGCUGUAAGAACAUCUCUGCUGCUCUCAUUUGCAAUGAAAAACUACAUACCCUAAAACUUGGGAACAAUAACAUACAGGAUGCUGGUGUCAAACACUUAUGUGAAGCUUUGAGGCACCCUAAGUGUAAAUUACAGAGGCUGGGGCUGAACAUGUGUCAGCUCACCAGUGAAUGUUGUGAAGGUCUUGCCUCGGCUCUCACUUUCUGCAAAACACUGAGGGGACUGAACCUUGACUGGAUUACCUUGGACCAUGAUGGAGUACUGGUGCUGUGUGAGGCUUUGAGUCACCAUGACUGUGCCCUGGAGACACUUGGUCUGGACAAAUCUUCAUUUGGCGAGGAAACUCAAAUGCUGCUCCAAGCUCUGGAGGAGAAAAUCCCCCACCUGACAAUCACUCAUCAUCCUUGGUUUGAAGAAGAGCUGAGGAUGAAGGGUGUUCCUCAGUGA